AAGCGAGAUCCACGAUUCGAUAGUCGAGCAGGCGAGUUCAAGGAGAGAUGUUUUGAGGACAAUUACAGUUUCUUGGAUGACCUAAGGAAACAGGAGAGGGAGGCUAUUCGUCGAAUGGAUGACCGUGAACGAACGAAGGCGGAGCGAAAAUUGAAAGAGGAAACAUACAAAGAGUUACGACAAGAGAAUAUUGAACGAAUGAUGCGAGGAGAACGACCAGUUUUCAAAACCAAAGCAAAGGUUCGUCUGAUGCAGAUGGAAAAGAAAUUCGAUCAGCUGAAAAAGAAUAAUAAGCUCGAUGACUACAUGAAGAGGAAGGCGAAGAAAGAAGCUCGGAAGGAUGUGAAAAGGAAGCCGGUAUUUGAGCAGAAGUACGGGUACCAGGAAUAG